AUCAUUAGAAGAUCUCCAUCAGCAUGGAAAACUCGAGCAUGAUGCGUCCUUAUGUCAUGUGGACACUGCUCUAGGUGAGAAUUGGAUGGUAAAAAAAGACUUAGUUGAUCAAUUAAUUGCUAGCGCAAUUGACGGAAAAAUCAAGCCGGAAUCUCUUAAAAACACAUUCCGAGCGCGCUAUUUGAAUUCGAAAGAAAAUAAUCCGGAUUUUACCUUUGGUACAUCCCAAGUACAACUUGCUUCGGGCGAAUAUUCUUUAUUUCUAAAUAUUAUCGGUGCAAAUACAAAUAAAGAAGUGGAUGCCAAGGUUGCUGAAAUCUUUUUUCAUGAAGAAAGAUUGGCCGAUGAAUGGACACGACCGAAUUCAUCUGUGUCGCUUCCUACAAUAAUCAAAACUAAUCGUGAACUUGCGAAAAUAAUGAAUGCAGAAAUCAAGGAGUUGAAUUAA